AUGGGAGUUCCAGCAUUCUUCCGUUGGUUGAGCAGGAAAUAUCCAUCUGUUAUCGUUCCCUGUACAGAACAGAAGCCCGUAGAUAUCAAUGGGGUGAGGAUACCAGUAAACGCGUCCGAGCCAAAUCCUAAUGGAGUCGAAUUUGACAACCUAUACCUUGAUAUGAACGGUAUAAUUCACCCGUGCACCCACCCCGAGAAUAAACCAGCCCCCAAAAAUGAGGACGAGAUGAUGAUCGCCAUUUUCGAAUGCAUCGACAGACUGAUUGGGAUCGUCAGGCCUCGCAAACUCUUGUACAUGGCCAUUGAUGGUGUAGCUCCCAGAGCAAAAAUGAAUCAACAACGUUCCAGACGUUUCAGGGCGUCCAAAGAGACUUGGGAAAAGAUCAAUGAGAUGAAGAAAAUACGUGCCGAUCUUUUGCUGAAAGGGAUUGUCCUGCCACCUGAGAAACCCAAGGAGGAACACUUUGACUCCAAUUGUAUUACUCCUGGUACACCUUUCAUGGCUAGACUGUCUGAGUGCUUGCAUUAUUAUAUUCAUGAAAGGCUGAAUAAUGACCCAGGAUGGCAAGGAAUCAAGGUUAUUUUAUCUGAUGCCAAUGUUCCUGGUGAGGGAGAACACAAAAUCAUGGAUUAUAUUAGGAAGCAGAGGGCACAGCCUGAUCAUGAUCCUAAUACACAACAUUGCUUGUGUGGAGCUGAUGCUGACUUGAUCAUGUUGGGUUUGGCAACUCAUGAACCCAAUUUCACUAUUAUCAGAGAGGAAUUCAAGCCUAACCAGCCCAGACCUUGUGAAAUUUGUGGACAAGUAGGACAUGAGAUGAAAGACUGCAGUGGGAACUGCAUAAUUCCUUCAGACAACCCUCCUGAUGUUCAUUUGAGCUCUGAGGUUGAGUUUAUUUUUGUGAGGCUCAGUGUACUGAAGGAGUACCUUGAAAAAGAACUGCAAAUGCCUAAUUUACCUUUCAAAUAUGAAUUCGAGAGGGUGUUGGAUGAUUGGGUUUUCAUGUGCUUUUUUGUUGGUAAUGACUUUUUGCCCCAUCUGCCAAGUUUGGAGAUACGAGAGGGAGCAAUUGACAGAUUAAUUGGGCUCUACAAGGAUUGUGUGUACAAAACUGGUGGUUACUUGACAGAUAGUGGAGAAGUCAACUUAGAAAGAGUUCAAAUGAUCAUGUUGCAACUGGGGAAAAUGGAGGAUGAAAUCUUCAAAACCAGACAGCACAAGGAGUUGCAGUUUAAAGCUAGAGAGAAGGCAAAGAAAAGGAGAUCAGAGGGAUUCAAUACUGCCAGGCCUAACUGGGAUCUAGUCAGAAAUACUCAGUUUGAACCAAGGGCCAUCGGUCAACAACACACGGUGAGCAACGCUAGACAAGAAGCAUACAACAUUCGCAGAGCAGGCAUGAACUCCCAGGUCAGCCACCAGCUGCAGACCACCAAUUCGAGAACAGCGCUGGAGUCGAUGUUCCGGCCGGCCUCCUCUGAUGGGGGCUCCCAGGGGAACAACCAGGGGGGGUCGCAGGGGGGCCAGAAGCGAAAGAUGGAGGAGGAGGAAGAGGAGGACGAGCAGGCGCACGACGAGGUGCGUCUGUGGGAGGACGGGUUCAAGGACAGGUACUACGAGUCCAAGUUCGACGUCAGGCCUGAUCAACUAGAGUUCAGAUAUGCAGUGGCUCUACAUUAUGUCAGAGGCCUUUGUUGGGUUCUCAGGUACUACUACCAAGGCUGCGCCUCUUGGAAAUGGUACUUUCCAUACCAUUAUGCCCCUUUCGCCUCGGAUUUUUGCAACAUUGCAGGACUGAGUACAGAAUUUGAACUCGACACUAAACCAUUUCGGCCAUUGGAGCAAUUGAUGGGUGUUUUUCCAGCUGCCAGCUGUAAACAUGUUCCUGAACCCUGGGCAGAGCUCAUGUCGGACCCGGACUCGACCAUCAUCGACUUCUACCCCGAAGACUUCAAGAUCGACCUGAACGGCAAAAAGUUCGCAUGGCAGGGCGUUGCCCUGUUGCCAUUCGUCGACGAAAAACGACUCUUCAAAGCCCUAGAGCCCUACUACGCGAAGCUUACCCCCGCAGAGAUCAAGCGCAACAUAAGGGGGGACGACAGGCUGUACGUGUCGACGAAGAAUUCCGGCUACGAUUUGGUCAGCAACCUUUACUUGCAAAAAGUGGACCCUGACGCUGAAUGCGCCGUUUCCAUUGACGGCAUGCGGGGGACGGUUUUGGUUUCGGAUAUUUGCGUCAGCGUCGGCGGUUCAUUGGAAUCUCCUGUGACGGACCUAGCUCCCCUGGAGGACAACGCGGUGUGUUGCGUGAGGUACAGGGACCCGAAGUACGCGAGAGGGUAUAUUUUCCGUGCCGUGAAACUGAAGGGGGCCAAGGACGCCGCCAGGGUUCUGAAGCCCUCCGACCUGACGCCGCAGCAGAACCGGAAUUGGAGGCCGCAGAUCGGCAUGGCGCCAGCUACUCAGAGAGCGAAUUUGGAUGUUGCGGGACAUAGAAUGAUUAACCAUCACGCUCCAAAGCCUCCGUCAGUGUAUGGAAACGUCCCACCACCAAGUUACAUGGACCAGAGAAGUAACUAUGGCAGAGGUUAUCAGGGCCAAGGCAACAACCAGUCCAGCCAGCGCAGCUUCGACAAUCACGGAGGCUACAGCAACCAGAGAGGUCAAGGCAACCAGGACGGUUACAGGAACCAGGGCGGUUACAAUAACCAGGGCGGGUACAAGAACCAGGGACGAGGCGGGGGAUACGGGGGUGGAAAUAGAGGGGGUGGUGGGGGGUAACAACUACCAGGGUGGGGGCAGCUACCAGAAUAACAGAGACCAAGGUGGUAGACCUGCAGGGCCGUAUAGGGACAGAUACGAGCCGAAUAAUAGGUAUAGCAGUAGAAGAUAAUGCGUGGAUGAUUAUUGGGAAUUAUUUAUAGAGAAUAAUAAGCUUUGA